GUUUAGAGCCAUUGGGCUUUGGACUUAGUGGCCCAAUUGAGAAUCAAUUGGGAGCCCAAACAACAUGCCCCCCAGACCCGGUCCAUUUAGAAUUAAAUGGGUGGGUUUCCAGCUGUCAGAAGUCCGAAAGUUCCCUCUCUUUUUUGAAAAGGGAUGAUUUGCAUUGAUGACAAGUGUUGGGAGUUGUAUUGUGCCGUGUAGAUCGUGGGUUGAGGAAGUUGAUGCGCCCCUUUUCUUUUCUAUAAAUACGGGGUGCAUUGCUCUUUUCGAACUUUUUACUCCUUCUUUCAAACCCUUUCUCUCUCUAAAUUCCGGCGAUCGCAGUGCGAUUUGUUUCUUCAGAUCUACGAAAUUCGGCCAACUUUGGACUUCGGGAACUUGUGCUGUUCGUUUUAUCGGCGAAUUCCGCUUCGGAAGAAGGUAAUUUGUUUCUGAAUUCUCCUUUUUUUCUUCGUUUUUCCUUCUACCCCUCAAUCUCAACCCUAGACCGAGAAUUCGCGGCCAUGGCAAAGAAUAGGGGCAAGAGCAAGUUCGUCGUUGGCUCCUCUAGUGAGAGGGAGAACGUGCCUUCGGGAAGGUUGCCGAAAACUUCGAGGGUUCGGCCUUCGGAGAGGCCAGUGGAGAGGCGUUCGACUGGUUGGGAUGCUUCGAAAGAUGAUGUUGUUGGCGGGUCUAGCGUGUCUGAACGCGCAACUUCUGGUAAAAAGGCUGGCUCUUCGGGUGUGCGCCGCUCCUACCCUGAGUUUCCAGUUCAUUGGACUGAAGCUGAUCCGCAGGGUAAGUAUGCCCCGAUUCUGCAUGAGACCACUAAGAUCGAUGGUCCCUUGGAAAAAUCGGUCAGUGGUGACUGGUUGGUGGAGGCGAAGCUGGGGCAUUACCAUCGGAGGGCCGAAGAGUUAUACGGAAUCCAGCACGCCUUGGGGUACUGGUGCGAGCUUCCCGACCAGGAGCGUCCUCGGGUGACUCAUCCGCCGAGGGGGUUCAUCUCUGUGUAUACUCAUCAUUUGGAGAACGGCCUCCGCUUUCCUUUGGAUCCCUUCAUAUCCGAGCUCCUGGUGUCGUAUAACAUCAGUUUGGCCCAGCUUACCCCCAAAUCUAUGAGGCACAUCAUCGGAUUUAGAUGGGUGUGCGAUUUUAUUAACUUUCCAUGCUCUGUUGCCGUGUUUCGGGAUCUGCACGAUCUGUCUUUCAACCAUGCUUCCAAGGGGGAUGGGUAUGGUUGGUGGACCAUUAUCAACAAAAGAUCCCGAAGAAAGGGGGAGCCGAACUAUAUUACGGCCUACCCUUACCUCAGCUCUGAUCAUAACUGGAAGACGGAGUGGUUGUUCGUUCGUGUGCCGACAGAUCCGAAGCAUCCACAUUUUUACCGCCCUCCGAAGUGGUUUGUGACUCCUGAUCCUGAUAUGCGAAGCGUGGCUGCUCCGGAUCGGAACCAUCACCACUACGUGGAUCUCCUCCAGUGGUUUUUGGCUCGGGAGGACAACUACAAAUUGCCGUCCAACUGGCUCCCGAACCUCAACUAUAUUUUGCGGGAGGACAUUCUUGCUGUUGCCGGUCUCAGCAGGAUUUUUGACAGGGAGUACGGCUUCAGCUGCGUUGAUCCUGUGGUCUUGGGUAUUUCUUUGGAUCUGAAGACCAUUCACGACUCGGCCCCUGAUUAUAAGUUCGGGAAGGAGAAUCCUCGUAAUCCUCGCUUGAAGGAUUACGUGCUGUCUCCGUCGGGUGUCGCUCGGAUAUCUGAAGUUCGAGCUGAUCCGUGGGAUUCUGCCUCUUCUCCCGAAGCUGUUCCAGUGAAAGUCGUGCUCCCUGAUUUGAGGACAACCUCGGAUCCGGGUCCUGGGACUGACGCUGUGCCGCGUGCCGUUCCUUCGGUUUCAUCUCCGGCUCGGAUAGAUAUCUCUUUAUCUAGGAACCGGGAUCAGCGCAAAAGGAAGAGCAGCACUCUUUUGAGGCCUUCUGCGCAUCCGAAGAAGGCGAAAGCUGAUCAGUCUUCGGAGAAGGAAGUGGUUUCGGAAGUCAUGCCUCCUCCCAAAAACCUCCUUCACUUCAUGCCCUUGCCCGGGCAGAAGUUGAAGAGUGUGGUGGUUGUGGAACCGCCUCCCGUGGACCAACCGCUGGCUGAGGAAGAUACCAUCCCUUCUCCGCUGAAGCCGUCUGCUGCUUUAGGGAUCGAGAUCCAGGAUAUAACCAAGGUGAUGGAGGCAAUUGAAGCCGACCUUGUUCCUGGCUCGGAUGUCCCUAUUGUGGCCGAGCAGAAGGAAGAAGCUGCUGACGUUUCUCUCGAAAGGGAGAAAAGUCCGGAUAAGGAGAUGGUGGAUCUCACCGAAGCUCACGUAGAGGUUCCCGAAGCUGAGAAGGAGGAACCCGAGCAGGGUCUGACGAGGAAGAGGCGUCAUUCGACCUUGGGCUCCACUUCGACCUCGGCCCUGGAUAGACUGAUCCACGCUGACCCUUGCUCGGAUGUUCCGCUGAAACGGAUCCCCGAGGAGGUAAGGGAAGCGAUGGCUCGCUAUGCCAGAGCUCCGGUUUUGGGGGAGAACCCCAUGGCUCACGUGGGAUCUUUGGUGGGUCCCGAAGCUGCACGGGAGAAUCUUCUUCGGGCCAACCCGCAGUGGAGGGUUCCUGGAGCUGAGGAGAGGAACCCAGCUAUGAUGGCCCAAUAUUAUCUGAAUGAGGCUGUUUUCUGGUCCUCGUUCGCUUCCGAGUGUAGCUCGGUUGAGGAAAGGCAGCUGAGGAGGUAUCAGGAGGCUUAUGCUCGUGAUAUCCCUGUCUUGGACCAGAAGGCUGGGCAGCUCAUGGCCGAGAUGGUGGACCUCAAGCAACUGUACCUUCAGUACAGUCGUGAGGCUAGGGAAGCGGCGGAACAGAUCGGGGCCGAAGUUGGGAGGCUCACUUUCCAAGUUGAAGAGGAUGCUGAAAAGAUAGCUUCCUUUGACAGGGAGAGGAGAGAAAUGGCUGCCAAGUUUGCGAGCGAACUUGAAGAAAAAGACAGUCUUCUCAAGGAGAUGACGUCUAAAUUUGAGGCGGCCAUUAAGCAGAGCCAGGAAGCGGAGGCGAGGCUUCAGCAGUUUAUCAAGCACCGGGAGAUUGUUCAGAAUCAAGCUGACAAGGUGCCCGUUCUCCAGCUGAAGAUCCGAGAGAAAGAUGCUGCCAUUCGGAAGUUGGAGCAAGAGAGAGUUGACCUCUACACUGCUGAUCAGUGUAGAGAGCAAUACUGGAAUGGCAUCCUGGGUGCUCGGCGGAUGUUCGCGAAGCACAUGCCUCAUUUCCCUUGGAAUGAGAAGGUUCCGCUCUGGAUGAGGGCCCAGGAUCACUUGGUGGAGUGCCAGGCCGAUCGAGACGAAGCUGAAGCUGAACGCCAAGCUGCUCUUGCAGAGGCUCGGGCCCAGAAGGCGGCUUCCGAAGGUGAUACUACUGCUGGGGGUUCUUCGAAGGAUGCUCCUCUGGGGGAUGCUCCUGAGACUCCCAAGAGCUAG